UUGCCACCGGUUGGUUUUCAGUCUGAGGAGAGCGCGGAAGAAAAAGGCAACAGGUUAGAAGGAGCAGAAAGUUGCCUGUUGUAUGUCGAUACGCCCAAAAGACUGCUGGAUUAUAAGGAUGCAGAAGAUGUUGCAGAGGUAGACCAUCGUUAUUGCUUUACACUUAAUUGGAGGCAGAAGUGAAAGAUGAUGAUCCCUGUCACAUGUAGAACAGGUCUUCAGGUGUUUUUUCUCCUACUAUUGGUGGGACAAACAAAUGGCAGAGUGACGGCACCAGCACGUUUAAAAGCACCAUUGGACAAGCCUUUCACACUCACCUGCACUGUUUCGAAGGAACGCAGUGAUUCCUUGAGGAAAGUCCUCUGGCUAGACACGCAGAACCAAACCCUGCUGACAUACGAGCCAGGAGACAAAGAGAGUAUAUUGGCACAACAGCAUGUGGAGCUCGCCUCCUCCUCAUCAAAGGAUACCUCAUCUAUCACCAUUCGCAGAGUGGGUUUCCGCGAUGAAGGCUGCUACACCUGCAUCUUUGAGCUAAAUCUUUCAGGCUCUAAGCAGGGGCAGACAUGCCUCACUGUUGAUGCUGAAGUUACAUCUGAUAAAAACACAACAGCAGUGAGCGGAAAGAAGGUUUCCCUGUCAUGCGCCUUCGGGUUGCCUGAAAAGGUACAACAGAUACUGUGGAAGCAUACUUCUGCUCAUGGCGAAUCAAAUGAGGUGGCCUCUUUUGCAAAGCAGAGCGAUCCUAUGAUCGAGCCACGUUAUCAGGGGAGGGCCUGGCUAUCGGCCUCCCUCUCACACAGUGAGCUUACAAUCCAGCCUGUUGCCAUUAAGGAUGAGGGUUGCUACACCUGCGUCUAUGAGACACAUUCUGAUGGAAUAAAGAGCUCUGUGAUCUGCCUCUCCACCUAUGGUAAAUAUCUUCUUUUAAGUUAA